CGUCGGGCGCAUAACGCAACUGUAGCUACUAGCUAUCUUUGUAGCUAUGUUUUUGGGAAAAUUUACAAAAAUUCCGUUGUUGGAUAAUAACUAUUUUGAAGUCACAAAUUUGUUUUACUGGUAAUAGAUACAUGGGAAAGACUAGGAGGUGAAAUAUGAACAUGGAAGAAAAGAUUUAGCACAAAUGCAGGAAUAAUAAAUGACUACAAAACACGGCACAGGCCCGGUGAACAAACAAGAAGACUCCAAAAAUGGCCACAACACAUCCCCAAACCACCAGCACCAGUCUGCCCCAAACAACCACCAGCACCACCAGCAAGAGUCACCUCCAAUGUACACACUGCCCCACUAUCCCCUAUGGGGCUCAUGCAGAUUGGUCUUCACACUUUGCGCCUUUCUCACGACCACCAAUCUGAUACUUAUGAGAUUUAAUCUGAGUUUCGCCCUUGUUUGCAUGAUUAAGGGCAAAGAUCUUAAUGGGACACUUGAUAAUUGGUUGCCAAAGGAAGGAGAUGCAAAUUUUACCAGAGUUAGGCAACCUGGAUGCUAUGCUUUGGAGGAGAGUGAUGGUGGUGCUGUUAGUCUUUAUGAUAUGGCGGAAUUUGAUUGGAGCAAAGAGCUCCAAGGACGUCUCCUGAGUGGAUUCUUCUACGGCUACAUCGUCAGCCAGGCAUUUGGAGGUUGGUUUAGUGAUAAAUUUGGAGGCAAGUUAUUUUUUGUCUUGGGAAACCUUUUACAAAGUAUUUGCACUUUGUUGAUGCCAGUGGCUGCAAGGUUACAUCCAGAGAUGCUCUUUGUUUUGAGGAUCAUUCAAGGAAUUGUCUGCGGUUUGUGUUUGCCAGCAAUGUAUGUCCUGUUUGCAAAAUGGGCUUCGCCUGCAGAAAGGACAAAAUUGAUGGGUGUAGCCUAUACAGGAUUUCCUUUGGCCAAUGUUAUUAUUUUUCCUUUGGCGAGUACCUUGUGCCAAACUGGGAUCGAUGGGGGUUGGCCUAUGAUUUUCUACGUCACUGGUGGUUUUGGAACAUUAUGUUCAAUCGUCUACUACUUUGUGGUUUUUGAUGAUGCUGAUAGUCAUCCUAGGAUUGCACCUGGUGAAAGGCGGUAUCUGAAUUCAGUCAUUGCAAGGACUAAUAAUAAGAAAAUGAUAGUUCCAUGGGGUUCAAUAAUAAAAUCAGUGCCAGUACACGCCUAUAAUGUGGCCCAUUUUUGCCAAACUUGGGCAUUCGUAACAUUGGCCAUAAAUUUGCCGAUGCUGAUGAAGGAAGUUCUGUAUUUCGAUUUGAAAGCGAAUGGUUUGCUGUCUGCCUUGCCCUACAUUUGUGCCUUGAUAAUGAGAAUCGCCAUCGCCUAUCUUUUUAAACCUGUCCAGGACUUUUUAGGACUCAGUAUCACUAAUAUGAGGAAAAUGAAUCAUCUGAUAGGUACCAUAAUCCCAGGAAUCAGCAUACUCUGCAUAGCCCUAUUGUCUUGUGAACAAAAAUACCUUGCAGUGUUCCUCAUAAUGCUAACAGCAAUGUUUACAGACAUAGCCUUCACUGGAUCAUAUCUACUAAGUUACUUAGAACUUGCACCAAGAUUUGCUGGUCUUCUUACAGGAAUCUCAAAUACCAUCGGAUCUAUGCCAGGAGUCAUCACGAACACUUUAGUAGGAUACAUAACCACAAAUGGUACCCCAGAGGAAUGGAUGGUCGUAAUUUACAUAAUGUCGGGUAUGUAUUUCCUCGGAGGACUUUUUUACGCCUUUUUCGGCAGCUCAGAGUUACAAGAAUGGGCUAAGGAUUGUGAAGAUGAUCCGGAACGUGAGACGAUCCAUGUCGAAGAUGGAAAAAUUAGAGAUUGAUAAUAAAGAUUGAUUGAGUAUUAUA